CUUAGUCAAAUUCAUUUGAAGUUCUUCUUUUCGGCAUGUAUGUGUUUAGGCUGAGCGAGACGAUAGUUAAGUAAAAUUCUUCCAGCGAUACGUAGAUUUUGUCUAACUGGGAUAGUUUAGACGGGCAAAAUAUAGGCCUGGCCCAUCUCUUUUGAAAUCUAAUUUUUAGUUUUUUAUGCCUUUUACAUGUUAGGCCUGAAAUAGCACUAGCCCAGUGGCUAUUUUAGCAUUUGACAGGAAGAGAGAGAGAGAGCAGUAGUAUCAUUUGUAUACCGGCAACGGAUUGGCUCGUUAAGCGCAGGAAAUAGAAACGCGAGGUUUUAAAAAUGGCGUCGGCGAUGAUGCGAUCUGGUCUUCGUAAUGCUCUUCGCGGUGGCUCUAAGGUCUCUGCUCCUCCCAAGAGACGUUUUUCUUCCUCUGCUCAUCAUGACGAAGCUUAUGAGGCGGCAGAGGCAUCAAAGUGGGAGAAGAUAACCUAUUUGGGCAUUGCUACAUGCACCAUCUUAGCUAUUUACAACCUAUCAAAGGGCCAUCCCCACCAUGAAGAGCCUCCCGCAUACCCAUAUUUGCACAUUCGCAAUAAGGAGUUUCCAUGGGGACCGGAUGGGCUGUUUGAGACAAAGAAACAUUAAGUAUUUGAUGGCCGUUACAUGAAGAUAUCUGAAGUUACCCUCUUUUAGUGCAUUCCUUGUCUCGUGUCAGUUAUUAGACUAUCUCGGAUGUUCUUUGAAUUUGAUGCUAGCAUUUGCAUUCCAAUAAUGUGGAAUUUGUGAUUUUGCAGUUAACCAAGUGCUAGUGCUUGUCUCCUAUUUUUCUCACUUGUGCGCUGCUAAAUAAAAACUGACCAAUGACAUCUGGUUUCUCUUUUCAA